UGUAAAAUGAACAACACAAGUAAUCGAUUUCGUAUUCUUCUACGACCUCUCCGAUAUAACAAGCGCUUGUAACAUGAAGCCGCAAAGUUCUGUAUUUUUUAUCGCCGUUCUUAUUUUUCUAGUUGAUUUAUCCGUAGAGUAUUCCGAGCACAGUUUUGGUGGACGCACACAUAGUAACCAGGAUGAUCAUAUCGCCUUCCUUGGAGAGAAGAUGGCCAAAGAGUUUGACAAACUUUCCCCUCAGGAGUCCAGGAGACGGCUCAGAAUGCUAGUGCCUCGCAUUGAUAUCAACAAAGACGGCUUCGUAGAGGAGGCCGAGUUGGAGAUCUGGGUUCGACAUAAGAUGCAGAAGUGGACUGUUGAUGAGGACGUGGACGCCAUAUUCAGAGACCUGGACAUGAAUAACAACGACAAGGUCACGUGGAAGGAGUACAUGACUAGAACAUUUGGAUUUACUGAGGAGGACAUGCACAUUAAAUGGGAAAGAUCAAACCUGGAAAAGUACGUUUUGUUUGAUAAGAAGAAAUGGCGAUACAGUGACCAAGACAAAGAUGCUAUGCUUAACAGACAGGAGUACGAAUAUUUCCACCAUCCAAAGGAACAUGAAAUCAUGUUGCCUUACAUUGCUGUGGAAAUACUCGAUCGAUAUGAUAAGGAUCAGGAUGGUCGGCUCUCUCUGGACGAAUAUUUGGCCUACAUCGAUAUGCCAACAUUCAAUACCCUCUACAUUACAGACUUCAAUGAGAAAUAUGACUUGGAUCAUGAUGGAUUCCUCAACCUGAAAGAAAUGGAAGAAUGGAGAAGACCAAAGAACUUUAACAAAGCGCUGGGAGAGGCUCAGCAUUUAAUAGAGUAUGCUGAUAUGAAUAAGGAUGGAAAACUGACAGCAGACGAAUUCGUCACAAGUCAUGAGAUCUUCGCAGGAAGUUAUGUCACACAGUUUGGUCAAACUUAUCACGACGAAUUUUAAAGCAGUACUUUUGGACAAGUUUGCUCAGUUCUUCAACACUGUCAACACUAAAGGCAUUUAAUUUGCUGUAUAUAGAAAGUUCAUUUCAUCUCUCAAUUUUUUUUUUCAAGUUUUAAAAAUUAGUUAUUAAAUCCAUUAUCCGGUUGACCUCGGAUAUUUGUAGUCGUGAAAAGUUGCAUAAUGUUCUACCCGGUCACAUCAAAAAUAAAAUGAUAUCCGCCAUCAGCUGGUUCCCUUUUAUAGCGGAAUGAGUGCCGUAUUAGUUUUAAAGCGAAAUUUGAAAUACAAAAAUACCGUGGCUACCAUAAUCAAUUCGCUGUGUGCGCAUACUCUUGAACGGUUCACAACUAUCUUCUUUUCGUCUGCGAUUUUGGUAACGAUUUUAAAAAGAUUCGCAUUAAGUGUAUAAGAAUAAAAAGAAACUUAAGAAGGCAUUUCAAGUAAAGGUCUUUAUAGUCAAACGCUUGUAGGGGACUGGAAAUGCACUUGCUGUGUUUAGGAAAAUUGGCUGAAGUGCUGUCGAAUAUACUAUGGUUUUCUUGUAUUCUGAUUGGCUGUAUUCCUAUCACAUGGUAAAUCAACAACUAUUCACCGAGGUGUAGGUGGCUAGCUAGUGGUGUAUAUUUAUCGAGCUGCCAAGCGGUUGUUUUAGGAUCAAAUUAAAACAGUGAGAUGAUAUAUCAUAAAAAAAUAUUUAACUCAUUAACUCCUACAACGGUUACAAUAUUUUCAGACGCAAAUCCCGCGCGAGUUUCUCGGAGGUGAAUAGCAAAGAGAUUCGGAGUUUGAGUGGCCAACGCUUUCCAUUGUUUUAGUAUAUACUAAAAUGUGAUAUUCACCAGUCAAGGGGCGUAUUUUCUUCGAAUCUUGUAGUUAUUUAGUAAAUAGAGAUUGCAGGAAAUGGCAGUUGAAGUUGUAAUAAGACUUGCAUGAUCUUGGAAUGAUCCGAUUCUGGGAAUGUUAGGGCUGAGGAAAGUAGACGUUAAAGCUUUGUACGAGCGUACGCUUUAAAUGCUUCCAAAA